UUGGGCUGUGUACUAUUGUGAACAUGAAGACAGCAUGAGCGAUGAUGAAUUACCGAGAAAAUGUCCGGUCAAUUGACAGUCACAUUACGAAUCACAUGGGACCCUUAUAACUGAAGUGGCGAGCUCCUAGUGGGCUUUGUAUCUGGUGUGUCAUGGCGGUGACAGGGUGGUGUGUAGCAGGAUGACAGGUAGAGCUUUUCUCAUCGGCGGUGCAACACACAAAAACACCAGCAUGUGGGCCGCAUUGUGGGCUUGUUCGAGGGGUGUCCCACUUUUCGUCGUCCUCUGGAUAUUUAUAUUCUUUACACUUGUCAUAUACUCCGAUAGAUUAAAAUGGGAAAGUGCAGAGGAAAAGCUCGAACAACUGGCGAAUACGGUAGUAGAGCAAGGUCAAUCAAUCGACAACCUCCAGAUGACACUAAUGGACCGAGCAAAUAUAUUCAACCGUAAUGCACCAACAAUAUUUGCAAUAACUCCAACAUUCGCUAGACCCGUUCAAAAAGCAGAGUUAACGAGAUUGGCGCAGACCUUCCUGCACAUUCCAAACUUUUACUGGAUCGUCGUCGAAGAUGCAAUCAACAAAACAGAAUUGGUCACUAAUUUCCUCCACGAAAGUGGCCUAAUCUAUAAACACCUCAACGAUGUCACUCCAAGGACUUUCAAAUUAGGCAAAAAUGAUCCUAAUUGGAAAAAACCGAGGGGAGUAGCGCAAAGGAAUAAAGCACUGAAAUGGCUGAGGGAAAAUUAUAACUCGAGUCAAAACGCUGUUGUUUACUUCGCUGAUGACGAUAAUACGUACUCACUCAAAUUAUUCAAAGAGAUGGAAAGGAUUAAAGUGAUUGGUGUAUGGCCAGUAGGUUUAGUCGGUGGUUUAAUGGUGGAGCGACCCAUCUGUGAUGCAUCAACAAUGAAAGUAACGGGUUUCAAUGCUGUGUGGCAGCCAGAGAGAAAAUUUCCCAUGGAUAUGGCAGGUUUUGCUAUUAAUCUACGAGUGAUCCUUGAAAAGAAGGAUGCAUGGUUCUCUUACGAAUCGAAAAAUGGAUAUCAGGAGACCGAGAUACUUGAGCAGAUGGUCACGAGGGAUCAGUUGGAGCCAUUGGCUGAUUGUUGUACAAAGGUGUACGUCUGGCACACGAGAACUGAACCAUCUCACUUGAAGGAAGAAAAUCUAUUGAUUAAAAAGGGGAGAAAGUCGAAUGUCGAUAUCGAAGUAUGAGCUUCCAUUUCCUAGAUUAAGACUAGAUAAGAAAAGAGAGCAACACUAUUUUUUAUGUCGUGGCAUUGGUUUAUCUUCAAAACUCAAGAAAACAUUAGGGUCCCUGCCAAUAUGAAUAAUAAUAACAUUUAAAAACUCAAUGAAUAGAAAUUGUAGAAGACCUUUUUAGGUAUAUUGUACAGUCUUAAAUUUUGAGGAAAUUGAUUCCGUGCCAUUGAAAUUGUGAAAAUCGAACUGAUUCUCAAGAAUUGAUAUAAUUAUUACGGUAGUUAAUAUCGAUAUUGGUUUAAUGUUCAAUAAAUUUAUAAAUUCCAUUACUGAUUAGUGUUUCAUCUUACUUAUGUUCUUGGUUGAAGGUCAUCAUAAUUAAUUUGAAAAAUCGACUUGUUACUCUAACGUAAAAUAGUUAAGUCUUAAAAUUGAUAGAUUGUGAUUUUGCAGUACAAAAAUGAUAGUUGUAUUCUUGAAUCAAAACUUAGGGAACUUGACAACUUUUAUCCUUCCAAUAAUUGUCAAAUUGUUCGAAAUUUUCUUUGGCUCGAACCAAUGAUGAUUCUUGGAUUUAGAACUUUCAUUAUCUUCAUUCUAAAUACUCUAUUAUCUUAGGAAAUAGACUUGCGCAAAACAGGCAAUUUUAAUAAAUUCUUUGUAUUCAAUAAAUUAACAAUUUUUUCAAAUUCUUUUAUUCUUUGUUUUUCCUCGCAAUACAGAAAAAGCAUAUACUUAAAAAAUAUGCCUUACACCUAAAGACCUUUAUUAAUAAUGAGAUUUUUUUUUCAUUUUCCCAUUGUUUUUCAUGUUAUCUUGUGGAAGAUACAACUUAAUACUUCUCAUACAUUAUAAUUUCUGUCGAUUCAUUAAUUUCAUCUCUUAUCUUCCUGUAAAUGUUUCAUCAUGAUUACUUAAUCAAUAAAUACGAGUUAGUUUAUCCAUUUGUGUUAUAGAUUUUGGCAACAAAUAUAAAAUAGCCUGCACUCACCUUAAAUUAAACUCCAUCCAUUUCCAUCUCCCUUAUUUUCGUCGUAUUAGUUCGAAAUUGUUUUUAACUCUUUUAUUUACUUAUUUCAUGAUAAUUGUUUCUUGAUAUAAACACCACACUUCUGUUCCAUAAAACAAAUACAACAUUAUUCAUUUAUUUCAAUUAUUUUUCUUAAGCUAAUAAGUACUUAUAUUUGGCAGAAAAUGUAUUUUCUCAUUUUAUGUAAAAAAGCUACAGCUCAAAAAGAACGCUCUCCCAUUGAACUCGAAUUAUUCAACUGAUUUUACAAAUUGAUUGAACACAAUCGAUUCCAAUAUUUCACAUUUUUAUUUUUCCAGCAAUCUUCAUUAAUUAUUCUUUUCCGUGAAUUGACUGACACCUUUUGGAUCAAACGAGCGUACUUUUUAAGCUACUUGCUGCCAUGUGCUUUAUUCCAUCUCAAAUAUUCACUAGGACUGUUUGCCUAUGCUAAAGGGAAAAACUUCAAUACUUCCUUAGUUGGUAGAGAGAACGUUUACAAGCAUUUACAAAAACUUAUCACAUUUCUUUAACUGCAUUUUGCAAAAAGCCCUUUUAUAUAUCAGGGCAGUGGUAUUAUUACCCUUCUUUCAUUCCCUGAAUAUUCCUUUUCCUUCAGAAGAUCGAGGCAAAUGCAGAAGUGUAAAUAUUAUUCAAUUUUUUCA